AUGCGCAAGGCGUCCAAAACGAAACGCUUUUCACUCCUUGACCACAAAAACGUAGUCCUGGAGAGGCUUGGUGCACAGGAGAGCGAAUCCGACGAGUGGGAUGACGGAAUCGCUCGGCAACUUGCUAUCAAUCGGCAGAUGAACAAGCUUCACGGCAGCGAUGGUGGUACUGGUGCUUGGGUGCGUGGGUCUUGUUUCGCUCUGCUGGCACACCCGAAGUUCGACAUCAGCAUGGGCACGGUGAUCGUGCUCAAUGCGAUGAUGAUUGCCGUUGAGCUCACAGUCACGCCGACGGAGGAGGAUGAAACUCCAGCGUCGCGGCUGGCGUUCGGGAUCGCGGAGAAUGUGUUUCUCAGCAUCUAUUUGUUGGAGCUCAUUUUUCGCAGUGUUGGUUGUGGUCGAGAGUGGUUGCGGAACCCGUGGGUGAGGUUUGAUUUGGCCCUCGUAUGUGUUGGUGUUCUCGGGUCGUGGAUUGUGCCCAUCAUCAUAAUGAUCGCCAGGGACGCCAUUGAGAGACUAGUGCCGAGCGCGAUGUUCCUGCGUAUCUUCCGCUUGGCACGUCUUGCCCGGGCGCUCCGCUUAUUUGUGCAGUUUCGCACCCUUUGGAUGCUGAUCUCCGGGCUCCUCUCGCCGUUGCCCACGAUCAUGAACGUAUUCUGUGUCCUCCUGCUGGCGCUUUUCGUGUUCGCGUGUCUGGGCGUGGAGGUGAUGGCAAGCAUCAGCGGGGCGGCGUCCCAAGAGAUGGUGGAUAGAUAUUUUGCCACACUGCCUAUGAUCAUGCUGACGCUCGUGCAGUUUGUGACCAUGGACAGUGUGGCGACCAUAUACACGCCAAUGAUCAGGGAAAACGUCUGGCUCAUGUUUUUCUUUCUGCCGUUCCUCCUGGUGGUGUCCGUCAUCCUCAUGAACCUGGUGACCGCCGUGGUCAUCGAGGUGUUCUUGGACCACGCAAAGCGCGACCAGGAAACGCGCAAGAUGUAUAACGAGCAGCGCAUGUCGGCACUGUUGCCGCAACUGAGGAAAAUGUUCGAAGAGUUGGAUCUGGAUGACAGUGGCUGUGUCACCCUGGAGGAGUUGAAUGCUGCUCCCGAGGAUGUUCAGAGCGAAUUGGAGAGGCUACUCAAUGUGGACUCUCUCUAUGAUCUCUUCGAAGCUCUGGACGUGGACGGCUCAACGGAGGUGACAAUAGAGGAGUUCCUGGACGGAAUGACGCGGCUGACGUGCAACAACCAGUCCCUGGAGAUCACACGCGUCAUCAAGCUGCAGGCGCUGAUCAGGCAGGACCUUGCCGAGCUGAAGCACAUCUGCCAGGGGAGGCACGGUUUGCCCUCGCUCGGAGACGUCUUGAUCACGGCCAGCAGCGCGCACCAGGCCCCUGUCACGGCCAGAAGUACGCAGCGGGGAGCCCCGAGCACAGCCAGAAGCUCUGUGCAGAUGAACCUCCCGGCCGAGUGGGGGUGA